UCCAUGACUCGAUCUCAUCUCGUCUCAUCUCCCUCGUCCUGUCCCCGUCGGUAGGUUGCUCUCCCGUUCGGUACACCCGCGCACGAGUUCCCUCCUCUCCCCGCAUCUAGCGGGAAGCAGCAAAGCAGCAGCUCGCUCGCGCGCGCUUGAGCCCACCCCAGCCCACGCGCAAGGCAUGGCCGCAGCGGCGUCGCACAAGCCCCUGGCCGCGAUCACCGCCGACGACCUCGCCGCGGCGGGGGCCGCGGAGGCCGCCGCGCUCCACUCGGCGGUAAGUCGAGCGCUCGGUGCCAAAGGCAGCGGCGGGCCCGCCGCGGUGUGGGCGGAGCUCUCGCGGGCCGCGCUCCGCCCGGACGUCCCGUUCGCCGUCCACCGGAUGCUCUACUACGGCUGCUACGCCGGGUUCCCGUCCCCCGCACCGCCCGCCUGGAUGCCCGACCCCGAGGAGGCGGCCCUGACCAAUGUUGGCCGCGUCCUGGAGGCGCGGGGGAGGGAGCUCAUCGGCGAAGCGUACAAGGACCCGAUCACUAGCUUCCGUGACUUCCACAAAUUCUCCAACGAGAACCCCGAGGCAUAUUGGAAGAUGAUCUUUGAAGAGAUGGGUAUUACAUUCAGCGUGGAGCCAUCUUGUAUCUUGCGUGACAACGAUGCGUACCCAGGUGGCGAAUGGUUGCCGGGGGCUGUGCUGAAUGCGGCUGCAAAUUGCCUGAAUGCUAAACCUGGAAGGCGUUCCAGCGAUGUUGCCAUUGUGUGGAGGGAUGAGGGGAAGGAUUCCGAGCCCCUCAACGUUGUGACUCUUGAGGAAUUGAGGAAAAAAGUCUGCCUUGUGGCAAAUGCGCUCGAUUCACUGGAUCUGACAAAGGGAUCUGCUAUUGCAAUUGACAUGCCUAUGAAUGUGAAUGCCGUUAUUAUCUACCUUGCGAUCGUGUUAGCAGGCUAUGUUGUUGUCUCUAUUGCAGACAGCUUUGCUGCACCUGCAAUAUCGACGAGGCUAAAGAUAUCGGAAGCAAAAGCAAUUUUCACCCAGGAUUGUAUCCUUCGUGAUGACAAGGAACUGCCAUUGUAUAGUAGAGUUCUGGAGGCCAAGGCCCCUAUGGCUAUUGUGAUCCCUGCAAGGGGAUCCACACCGAUAAAAGGACUCCGUACUGAUGACCUUUCAUGGCAAGAUUUCCUUGGAAGGGCUGAUCGUACCAAGGCUGAUAUUUAUACCACAGUUGAGCAACCUGUCUAUGAAUUUAGCAAUAUACUAUUUUCAUCAGGGACCACAGGGGAGCCAAAGGCGAUUCCAUGGACACAUUUGACCCCUCUUAAGGCAGCUGCUGAUGGAUGGUGUCACAUGGAUAUUCGGAAAGGUGAUGUUGUUGCUUGGCCUACAAACCUUGGUUGGAUGAUGGGUCCCUGGCUUGUCUAUGCUUCGCUACUGAAUGGAGCUUCCAUGGCACUGUAUAAUGGUUCCCCGAAUAGUUCAGGUUUUGCGAAGUUUGUACAGGAUGCUAAGGUGACAAUGCUUGGAGUGGUACCCAGCAUUGUUCGUACGUGGAAAAAUACAGAUUGUACUGCAGGAUUUGAUUGGUCAACCAUCAGAUGCUUUAGCUCAACUGGGGAGGCAUCUAGUGUGGAUGAUUAUUUGUGGCUGAUGGGAAGAGCUUGUUACAAGCCGGUAAUUGAGUACUGUGGUGGCACAGAAAUUGGUGGCGGAUUUAUUACUGGAUGCCUGCUGCAACCUCAAGCAUUGUCUGCAUUCAGUACACCUGCCAUGGGUUGUAACCUGUUUAUUCUUGACAGUAACGGGAAACCCUUACCACAGGAUUCUGCUGGCAUUGGAGAACUUGCGCUUGAUCCAACAUUAUUUGGAUCAUCAACGAUGCUGCUAAAUGCUGAUCAUCAUGAGGUGUACUUCAGCGGGAUGCCAGAAUGGAAUGCGAAAGUCCUCCGGAGGCAUGGGGAUGAAUUUGAGCGUACUGCAGACGGAUAUUAUAGGGCUCAUGGACGUGCAGAUGACACAAUGAACCUUGGUGGUAUUAAGGUUAGUUCCAUCGAAAUUGAGAGGAUCUGCAACAGGGUGAAUGAUGACAUUCUGGAAACAGCAGCUAUUGGGGUUCCACCUGUAGGGGGUGGCCCCGAACAAUUAACCAUAGCCGUUGUAUUCAAAGACCAAAGACCACAAGCUGAAGAUUUGAAUCAACUGAAACUAAUGUUCAACUCUGCUCUGAAGAAAUUGAACCCUCUUUUCAAGGUUUCAUCAGUCAUCGUGGUGUCAUCACUUCCUCGAACCGCCUCGAAUAAGGUCAUGAGGAGAGUCCUACGAAAAGAGCUCACCCUGGCAAAACAUUCUAAAAUCUAGAUAGUUAGGAAGAAUUUUCCGCACCUUUUAAAGUUUCACGGAGUUACCAAUUUAACUGUGAAUAUAUACACAUACGAGCUCAUGUCUUUCAAACUUCGGUUGUAUUAUUACACGUCCAAUGUACAGCAUGGAUAGUUUACUUUGAUCUUUGAUGUGACAUGGAAGAUGAGGUACUAAUAAAGCAUGGUUACUUCCAUUUGCUAUUCA